CAGUGCCUGCAUGGAGAUACACUCUAAUGGACAUGCUAAUGGAUAUCUUGAACUUGUGUUGAUGCAUUUGUCGCUUUGUUGCCACUCUCUGCCGUAGUUGCAGCUCGUGACGGCAGCUUAAUGGUUCUUUGCGUCGUGUUCUCCGCGCGAGUGUCCUGUUCACGGCCGCGGUUCCGUUGUGCUCGGCGUUGUAGGAAGGUGAUGCUUUGAGUGCGCCGCAAUGACUGCAAGUGUGUGUUAGCUAAUGCAUUGAUUUCGGUAUUGAACAUGUCGAGAUUUACCUGCUGCGUGGAAUACUGCUACACAAAACAAGGAGACGGUGUAGCAAUGCAUCAGUUUCCUACCGUAGAACCUCUACGAAAGCGGUGGAUUGAGUUUGUGCGCGCCACUAAACGCGAUGGAUGGAAUCCGGGGCGGACCAAUCGCAUCUGUGCGCUCCAUUUUGAGGCUACUUGCUUCAUGCAAAAUCCGCGAUACUUAGCGCAGUUUGGUUUUGCCACGAGUAGACUUCGUCUCGAGCCUAAUGCCAUCCCGAGCAUUUACCCCGGCGUUAGUGGCUCGCAAGCAAAAGCAGCUGCUGCAGCCCCCAAACAUCCUCGCCGCGAGUCUGGCGAAGGGGAGCCAGCAGGAGAGCCUGCUUCCUUGGUGCAAUUGUCGCUGAAGCGCCGCUUCGCGGACCCGAUAUCCAGGCCGACUAUUCCGGGACACAUAAAAGUGGAUGCACAGACACAGUAUGCUGUCGCAGUGGCCUCCAAGACUGCUCAGGUGGCUAUGAUGCCAAAGCCAAGGCCUGUACAUACCAAAAGAAGCCGACUGGUAAAAGACAUGGAAUGCCAGACCGACUUAUAGUAUCAGAAGAGGUGCGUCAGUGGGCUCUCUACAGUGAUAAUGUUGAGACCCAUCUUUAACAUGUAUGUUAGAGGUGGCUCUGGACUGCGGCAGUACUUGUCAUGACAGGCAACGUGUGUUGACUGUCAUGGCUAGUACUGUCACUUUGAGAGCUAUCUCUAACGUAUACGUCAAGAGAUGGGUCUGAGCAGUGCCAUUGUUGAGAGCCCACCACUGUCGUGACUAAGACAGACGAGCUCUACAACAAUCAUCCCAACCAUUCUGGAUGA